GCCCCUCCCCCUCCCCCGCGCCCCAUCUUAUUCCUCGAGGCAUGCGCGAGGCGGCGGCGCGUGGCAUCGGCGUCCCCCUCCCACCUGCGCCCUUUUCUCCCCUCCUCCUUCCUUUUCCUCGCUUCCCCCUCUUCUGUUCCCUGCUAGACCAAGGCCAUGACCGACUUCAAGCUGGGCAUCGUGCGGCUCGGCCGGGUGGCUGGCAAGACAAAGUACACACUGAUAGAUGAGCAAGACAUUCCACUUGUGGAGAGUUACUCUUUUGAGGUUCGAAUGGAGGUUGACGCAGAUGGAAAUGGCGCUAGAAUAUUUGCCUUUGCAUUUGACAAAAAUCGAGGAAGGGGGUUUGGACGCCUGCUGCACGAGUUACUGUGGGAGAGACACCGUGGGGGCAUUGCCCCAGGUUUUCAGGUCGUGCAUUUGAAUGCAGUGACAGUGGACAAUCGUUUAGACAACCUGCGAUUGGUUCCAUGGGGAUGGAGACCCAAAGCUGAAGAAAUCUCUAGUAAACAAAGAGAGCAAAGCUUAUACUGGCUGGCGAUCCAGCAGCUUCCCACAGACCCCAUAGAGGAACAGUUUCCGGUGCUGAAUAUGACGCGCUAUUAUAACGCUAAUGGGGAUGUUGUGGAAGAAGAGGAGAGUUCAUGCACAUACUACGAAUGUCACUAUGCUCCCUGCACAGUGAUUGAGAAACAGUUACGAGAAUUUAACAUCUGUGGGCGGUGCCAGGUUGCACGGUACUGUGGUUCUCAGUGCCAGCAGAAAGACUGGCCGGCCCACAAGAAGCACUGUCGGGAGAAGAAGCGAGUCUUCCAGCAAGAGCUUGGACCAGAGCGAUGACCAGCUGAUCGAGGCCUUAGCCUCCACAGGCCACCUUCCCAGAAGGUCAAGGAAGAGGUGCCCACUUUGCACGGACUGCUUACUUGAAGCCAGAGGCACUGACAAAGAGGAGAAGGAGAGA